CCGAUCUUCCUGGCUAGGACGUCGCCAGACGCCACGACCACCACGCGACCAGUGCCGGCCGGUGUAAGCUGGCGGCAGGUGAGCAGAACUGGGCUGUGGUCGGCGGUGUAAUUCGUUUCGCGCGUCUAAGCAAGUGGAAAUUUUCCACCGACCUUUCCCCUUCCAUUCGACAGGUCGGUGAAUCCCGGCCGAGUGUUGCAGAACACACGACUGUGAAGGGAUAGAAGUGGCGGUGUUGUUUGCCGCUCCAUGCUAACACUACGUCUGGUUUCCACUCACUUCCUGAAGCAGCCAUAGACGUGUCAUCAUGUGCAGAGAUCGAGACAUGAACCCCUAGGCAUUAUUACAGCUACGGAGAACUGCAAUAUGUUCAAAACGACCACUUGAGACAAACUUUUGUAAGCUAAUAGCUUGUUUCAUACGUAUACUGCUGUUUUUUUCAAGAGAAAUUCCCUAUUAAGUUUUUUUUUGUAAUACUUGGGGGUGUAAAUCUCUAAGCUCUGAAAAGCAAUAAAGGUCUCACUAGCCUCUGUAAUCAUACGAGGCGUUAUUGCAGUUUAGAAAAAAAACAGCUGAUCGUUUUAGAUUGCGUGGUACGUGUCACCGUUUGGAAGAUCAUCUUAUAGGCCCAGACCAAAGGAGAGCCAUCGGAGCGCCAUGAGGCGGCCGACGCUGGACGACUGCUGCGCCGGGAAGGACAGCCGGCUGCCGGCCCGGCCUGGCCGCGUGUUCGGCGCGCGCCUGGACCAGCUGCCGCGCGGCCGAGCCGGCGUGCCGAGCGUCGUGGCCCGCCUCUGCGGCUUCAUCGAGGCGCACGGUCUACACUGCGGUGGGCUGUUUCGGCUGACGUGCGGAAAUCAGAAGCUGGUGGAACACCUCAGAACAUCGUUUGAUCGCACUGGAGAUGCAGACUUGGAGAGUGUUGCCGAUGUUGCAUCCGUUGCAUCUUUGUUGAAACUGUGGAUUCGAGAACUUCCUGAGCCAAUCAUCAUGAGUGAAGUGGCAGCAAAAUUUCUUCAAAUACAAGAAAACUACACAGAAAACAACACGGAAUGGCGUGAAGCUGUAUGUCAGGCAAUUUUGACCCUACCUGAAACAAACAUCAGAUUACUGUGCUAUUUGCUUCAUUUCCUGCACAACUACAGCCAGCAUUCUCCUCACCCCAAGUGCCACCACCGCAUGUCAGGAGGAGUGGCAGCGGUCUUCAGCACCCUGCUGAUCCUGCAAGCCAUUGAAUGGAAGAGAACCAUUAGGAGCAUUCAACAUUUGCGCCUAUCCAACUUUUUCAUGAUCAAACUGAUUUCCGAAGCAAACAAUGUGUGCAAUGAAAUAUUUGGAGUGUACUCUGUGGCCCGUCAUGAAGCAAGUCAAGCUCUGUGCAUCCACUACAGACCUGGUGGUGACGGUGCCAACAGUGUCUUUGACGACUGUGCAGCCGAGCCAAGGGCUCCUGGGGUGACCAUGCACAGCUCUCAGCGCAAGAGGAAGGACUGCCAAGAGCCCCUCAGCAUGGAAUCUCACGAGAGGAAAGUGAUCAGGUCGAAUUCCGAGGAGAGGCCAAUGGAAGGAUAUGCUAAUAGCAAGGAGAUGCGCCGUGUUAGUAGCCAUGAAGACUUUGCUGUAGUGAAGGGAAACACUCGAAAGAACGUGAACAAGCAUGCACUUCAUGAACACAACACAAACAUGCCGGAGACAGUGAGCCAUGCUGUUUACAAAGCUGCUACAAAUGACCAAAACAUGUGGGAGGAAAUAUCAGACGAUGAACAUGAGAGACGACGAAGCACAGAGAGGUUUGCCCGCUCAGUUGUGCGCCGUGGACGGCGGAAUGUUAGUCGUUCUCGACGAGUGUUCAACACGAAGGCAACCUUGGAGAGCAAAGAAGGCAGUUCCUCCAAGGAAAAUGACACACUGAAAGAAAGAUCAUGUCAACAACAAGCAUCUGAUAUCAGUAUUUCUGGAAAUCGACAACAGAGCUUAGAUACCCUUUCAAAACGUCAACAGGAUCAAGAUCGUUCUCCAUCACCUUCUCCUACGCCAUGCAGCCCUCCUCUGGAUUUGAGGAUACUUCAUCAGCAGGUGGACUGCACCGAGCCACUCACCAGUCAUGGCAGCUGGAGUUUCCAGCCGGAAGAGGAAUUCCCGAACAGCCAUGUGAUGCUAUCGCCAAGAAACUCCAUGAUUCUGACUCGGCGAGUAGCUUUAGACCCCAGUGUGCCACCUUCUCCUCCUCAAGAACAUAACGUCCCUGUGCCUGUAAAUGGCAUUUUGGCUGCACAGGCCAGAAUGAAACAUCUUGCGAAGCAGAUGACCAAUGUGAAGAAGAAGUUGAAGCACUACGAAGAAGAGUUUGAAAAUAAACAUGGUUAUCGACCAUCUCUUUUAGCUAAAAUGGACAGUAAUGAAGUGAAGAAACUGUAUGCAGAGAUCAGCAAAAUACAUAAAGAAAUGGCAGUUCUUAAAGAAGAAAAUGAGCCAAGCUUGACUGAGACGACGUCUAAACACGCGCAGUCUCGAGGUUCCAGCAGUCACCAAGUGAAGCAUUCGCGUAUAGAAAAUUUAGUCCAGGAUGUUCAAAAGUACCUGAAGGAUAAGCGAGAUGGUUCUGGUCGACCAGAAGCUUUGAGAGAGAUGAGUCUGGACCAGAUGCGAGAGGAGAAAAUAAACAUGCAGAAAGCUUUAGUUUCUCUGGAAAACAUGGUCGGUCGUGCAGAAUCUUCAGAACAUAAGCUUGUGGUGCGACCCCUUUACAACCGGUACAGAAUGCUGAAACAACUCAUAGUUCGGGUUGAACAAUUUAAGCUGAAAGGUAGUGUUCCAGAAUUGGAAACAAUACAUGAACAUGAGACUAUGGCUUUUACACCUCAGCCACUACAAUCUGAGCCAAACCUGCCACAAGAAGUGGUCAAGGAGCAAUCAACAGUUGUGCCACAUGUAGAGUCUUCAGAUCAAAAGGAAAAUUUAGUACAAGAAUCUGAUGAUGCAGACAAUGAGACAUUGUGGAAUAACCUUCAUACAUUACCACUAUCUGAGUUGCUUGACCAACAGAGGAACACACGUGAAGAGAAGAAAUCCCUGCGUCGCUUGUUACGUGAACAAGAGCAACACUUGUUGCAACAAAGCGGAAAGAAAUUGAUGCAUGAAGAUUUAUCAACGGUGGAAAACACCAGAAACUUGUACAAGAAGGCAAAGUGUAAACUACGUCUGUUGGAUGCUUUGGUUUCCAAACAAGCAAACCAGAUGGCACCAUGACUUGUUUACUUAUAUCAGAAUUUUUAUACCCUAAUCAUUUCUCUACACACACAAAACUGUUUGAAUUUUAUUCCAGUACCAAUAACGUACUUGUGUUUAUAUUUUAAUGCCAAAUAAUAGAUGAUUAUAUUUAAUUUAGUACAAUUAUUUUUAUUUUGCAAGUUUCUCACGCCUAUCUUGCAGAAAUUUGUUUGAAGUGUAAGUGUGGAUUUUUUAAGCUAUACUUAAUAAAAUAUUAACGCAAUCAAAUUUAGUACAAAUGCUGUUAUGUAUUAGUAUAUUAAUUAUUGAUAAAGCAAUACAAGAUAUGUAUGUGUAUAUAGCAUGUAUGUACUACAUGUAGCUUAAAUACAUUAGUAAAAGUAUUACUAUGAUAUGACAUAGUGCAUAGCAAAAAGUUAAAUAAAUAUUUAUUCAGCCAGUUAAAUAUUUUUAGUAUCUUAGUAUGUGAAUCAUACAUAAACUUAAAAUUAAUAGAUUGAAAGAGAGCAUUUUUCACAUUAGUUUUUCGUAAUAUAUUUACAUGUGUUUGUAUUACAUUUAUUCACAUUUGUGGUAUGAUUGCACUUGUGGAUAAGUUUAUCUGUAAGGCCAAAUAUUCAAUUUAUAAGUAUUUUGAAAAGUUGGAAGUGUCUCUUUGAUACUAAAAAUUGUGAAAAUUUACUAUGUAAAUUUAUUUUCAAACUACUAUAUGAAAAAUAGCCUUUUAGCCUAUAGCAAUUGUAAUAAUUACAUAACAGUAGGGAUGGAAAAGUUGAUUCCUAAAUGGGUUGAUAAAACUAUACCACUAUGGUUUGUGGUGUACUGCAAUUAGGCACUUUACAGUAGAAAUUUCUUUGGUAUGUUUCUUGACAUUUUUGGUGCUAUGGCUACAAAAAUGUUGGAAUGAAUUAAGAUGCUACCAAAGACUAAAUAUUUUUAAAUAAAAAUUUGUGAGCCAUGGGUGGUUUUUGUUGUAGUUAGUUAUUUUGAUUAAAUUCAUUAUUGUCCUUAAUUAAGAACAAAGGGUUCCAAGGAGAAAAAAAAUUAUCUGGAACCGAAAGUGAUAAACACUAGUAGGUACCUACCUAUUAUUUAUGCUUUAAAGAGACAAUUACUUACUUCUCUUAAUGAAAAUGUGUUACAUCCCUCUAUAUAGGAAGGGUGAACAUGUUUCUGUUGAUGUUUGUUAUUUUUAAAUUUAACAUUGCUAACUCAAAUUAUUCUUUUCUUUGUAUCUGCUCAAACAGCAUAUAAAAUUAUUUAUAUGCAUAUUUAGUGUAACUUUUAAUUCAAAUGUAAAAUACAAGAGUAAAUUUAGAAAUGACACAAAAUGUGAUUUAUAGACCUCAUAUUUGAUAUGAGUGUUCCUAAAAAUCAAGUACUGUUUGGAAUCAACUUUUUUUUAUAAAUAAUCACAGUCCCAUUCCUAUAUAUUAGCAAUAAUAGCAAUAUACAAUAUGGGCAUGUCCUAGCAAGCUUUAUGUGAACAUAGUUUAUGCUAUGUCUAAUUACACCAUUGCCUGACUUGUGUGUUCAAAGAAAAUAAAAUCCCUUUACACACAAACAGUAUGUGUUAUUGUAUGAAGUUGUAGAUAUCUACUAUUUAAAUUAUGAAGUGAGUUGAUGCCAUGAUACCAACAAACCAUUUUAUUAAUAAUUGACUCAAAGAAAAAUAUUUUAUCUUUGGUUGUGAUUCUUAAAUUUUUAAUACCUACCAUAUCUUACAAUAAUAAAUGUUGGUAUAAUGUAACUGUCAUUAUAAAAUAAUGCCUGACAUGACAAAUUUGAAUACUAGGCAAUCUUGAAUGUAAGAAUAUAAAAAAUAUAAGGAACAUUCAAUAUGUGAUCUAAAAUGUAGAGCUUGACUACCUCAAUAAAAGACGGAGCAUGUGUUUGCUGA